AUGCCAUACCUCCUUCGAUUGUGUGCGACUGCGGGCUUGUUAGGUGGUGGCGGUCAAGGCGGCUGGUUCUCCCCGGAGUCGGCAGCAGCCAACUUCACCCAGGAACAGCCUUCCAACCAGACUUUCUUUGAGGCCUGGUCCCAUUGGGCGAGCUACCACUACGUGCAGGCGGCAGCAGUGGGGGAAGGCUGGGUUUCGUGGGCCAGCGCUUGGGGUGACUCACCUAGGACCGCAAGGAAAGGGUUUUCCUGGGAUGGAGGCCUUUGUUUCCUUCUGGACUCCGUAGUGGGCAUCGUGGGCUGGACAGUGUUUGGCAACGCAUGGCCGGGCGUCAAGACCGGAUUUCAGAGGGCUUUCCGAAUCUUGGCUCUACUUGGACGCUGCUUGGCUCACUACUUGUGGGCUUUGUGCUGGCCAGUGGUUUCGCUCUGCUCCGCGGUGGUGCUCACAAUGAUCUGGCUAGUUCGUGGCGCUGUGCGAAAGGUUGGGACCCUUGUUUACUGGGCUCAGCGGGCAGCAGGAGGAGUUCCGGAGGCCACGGGGGCCAGCUUCCUUGGGCCUGGGACAGGCCGUAUACCAGAGACCUCGGACCUUCGAACGUUCAAGAAGGUGGGCUCUGCAGAGAAAUGGGUGCUUGUGAAAAGAGAGGGUCGAGUUGCCGUGCUCCGAGUUGGACGCGACUCCCAGACCAUUCGAAGUGCCGGCCUCUACGUGCCGGUGGACCCUGACUCGUGGCGUGGAGACAAGGAGAUAGUCGAUGCUUGCGCUGGCCAUGACAAGGACGGCCAGCACUUCAAGGAGUACUCCAUCGCCAAAGAGUUUGACGCGGAGAAGUUCCAGUUGCGUGGGGCCGAGCUGGGCGCCGCGGAGGCAGGGCGGACCUUGUGGGCUUGGUUUUGGGCUUCUAGGACCUCGACCCCUACUAAGCGCACCUUGGAGUUUUGUUCAGAGUCAGAGCCGGAAGAGAGUGUCAAAUGUGCUGGGCAUCAAGUUCGGUGGGCAGAUGACGAGCAAGAUCAUGUGCUGAGCAAGAGCCCGUGCAACCUGGCAGGUGCAGCCCCGUACACCUUGUUGGACGAGGACAGGGUCAAGGACAGCGCGGUGGUUCCACUGUGUCCAAGGCAUGCACUUGAUUACGAGCGAAAGCGUCGGUGUCAUGGCUGCCGGUUCUCAGGUUGUCAGCGUUUGGGCCUUGAGGAUUGCAACGGGGUCUGGAUGUGUAAGCUACAUGGCUCGAGUCGAAGGCCUUCUUCCAGGAAGCGCUCACCGGCGCGGACAGUUGUACUACCUGACGGCGGCGACCCUGAAGAACCUGAACUUCCAGCGCUACGGGAAGGUGGCGGACAAGGACUUCGUGAUCUACGCCAGAUCCUGGACGAUGUGAAGGGCGAGGAUGCGCGUGUGGUGCGGCCCAGAACGCGUUCGCCGGGAAGCACGCCCAAGUCCAAGUCCAGCAUCCAGCGCAACCUGGCAAAGUUGGGCCUCUUGGGUUCCCCAAACCGGGCCGAUCCUGUUCCCCUGCUUGAGGAUUUCUUCCAUCAGUGUGCGGAAGGUCGAGACCUGGGGCUCUCUGAGGAGGAGGUGCGGAUGAAUCUGGCCACGGAGCGCUCUUCGUCUCUGCCUCAGAUUACUUCAGAGCUGCUGCGGGAGGCACUUCGUGAACAGGAGCGAGGGCAGCAGGGGCUCAGCAAGUUUAUCCGGGUCUGGCAGCGGCCAGGGUUUACAACUUCGACUACGCCUUCAUCGGGCAGAACGAACCUGGGUUCUUGGGAUGUGAUGGAGCCACCUCCUUCGGAAAGAUCGGGGCCAGCUUCGUCCUCACCGGCUACCUCUCUAAAAAUUGGCGUCCCGAUGAUCUAUGGGCAAGAGGAUCGAAAGGCUGGCGCAGCGGAGGGACACGGGCAAAUGGAUGACAUUGCCCGGGCCAUCCAGUCGCAGAUGGCGGAGAUUGCCUCGCUCGUGAAGAACCACACGGACGCCAACGCGGUCCCGGCUGGCACCUUGAAAGGUUUGAACAGAACCUCUGAGGAGCUCGUCUUUCUCCUGCGAGCGUGCAACCAGUACCAGGUCACGAUCGGUGCGGGCGAGCAGGGCCAGGCUUUGGCGAAUGCUCUUCUUUCGGCUCAGGUUGGGGCAUCAACGAGGUUGAGGAGAGCGGGCUUUAAACAAAAAGUCACUUCGCGGUUGGCCAUUGGGCUUGCUGGUCCGUACUGGGGGACCCAAGAUAAGCACUCGCUCACGGCGGCGGACUUUGUGGCGCACACCGACGCGGAGUUGGACGCCUUUGUGCAGGAACUACGUACCAGCAAGCCGGGCCACGAUCAACGACCUCCUCCUCCGAACAAGAUCGAAGACUGGGAGGCGCGCGUGAGGCGGCAGAAUGAUGUUUGGGCCUUAGUCUAUGGUGCAGAGUGGAAGCCAGUGCGAUCGCAUGCCUUGACUUUGCUUUUGGAGUGGCACCAGUCCGAACCCCAUAAGUGGCCUCUUUCAGUGGUGUCCGAAAUUUGGGAGGAGUUGCACUGGCGUUUCUUCGAGGAGCUGAAGGAGGUCCUCAGGCUUCUAAAGAAGGAGGCCAACCGGGAGACAAUGUCCCUGCAGGACAUCAAGUUCUUCGCUCUGCUGCCGAAUGCCGAGGGCAGGGCCUGGCUGGAGUUGCCCCGCACCUUUGACUUGAAGAAUCCCGACGGCUGGUUCACCGCUGAGGUCCUCACACGCAUUGAACGCAGGCAGGAGCGAAUACUGUGGCGGUUAACUUGGGAAGGAGGCCGUGGGGCAAAACAGCAGAAUGUGGUUCACGCGGGCGGCGGCGAACCCGACAAGAAGGACAAGCCGUCUCAAGGAAAUCUGCGGGGCCCGAAGUUAUCCACCGAGGAGGUGAACCGGGCCAAGGACAGGGUGCCGACCGACAAGGAUGGGAUGCAGCUUCUCCGACGAAGGGGACUUCGACGCAUGAAAGCGGAGACGAAGGAGUCGGUUGCGAAUAAGGUGAAGUCGUUACGAGCGGAGAUUGCCAAGGACAAAGCGGACAAGGUGAAACUCGGGCAGGCGGCGAUAAGGUGGUUCGAGUCUGGGACGUCCCGGAAGAGUUUGAGGCGGUGGAUUUUCACCGCGGCGGAGCAGGACAUGCGCGAAAAGCUGAAGGGCCCGGAUCUCAAGUGGUUGGUGGACCGCGCUUCAACCGGGAAGGUGCUGGACGAGGCCACGGGCGAGACGGCGCCGGAGGAGGCAAAGGACUUCAUGCAGAGAGCCCGAGACCUGGCAAACGGCCCGGUUCUGAGCAAGCUGAAGGACGCCUCCGACGACCUGUACGCCUGGGCAGCGGCGCGCGUGGCUAGAAAACCCACGUCCUUCGAGGAGAUCCUUUCUGAGAUGGCCACCUAUGGUUUGGGCAGGGUCGACUGGGACUUUGCAAGUCAUGGACACCACCUGGAUGCCGGGCGAACCGGGCAGACGAUUUGGGACUUCAAGGAGGAGAUCCCCAUGUCGGAAGAGCUCGCGGCCCUCCUCGAACAAGCCGAGGCGGGGACAGAGAGGAGGCAGUGCGUAACCAAAGCGGCGGUAGCAGGGGUCCUGUGGCGAACAAGGGCGAGGCGACCUACUGUGGAUGAGGUGGCUGCCAAGGCGGCUGAGAUCCGACUGGAUCAGGCACGACAAGCGGUGGAGGCCAAGGAUGCGAUGGGCAUGGCAGAGAACCGGGUCGCCCCGAUCGAGGCGGAGAUCCGGAUCUACACCCACGACAUGGUCCGCGCGAACCACGACAAGGACUUCAGGUCACGUGUGGUUUUCCCUGUUUCGGACCUUGAGGACUGCAAGCUGGUGGUCAUUCGAGCUGACUACAAGGGGGACAUCGUGAUGGAAACGGUCACCGGCACGAUGUGGCAGGAGGGCGGCUGGAUGCUGUGGACUCUCAUUUGGCGGGGCCACAUGGUGCUCCUGGAGCCGCCGAGCGACACUAACGUGGGUUUGAUGCUUGAUCGGUGGCAACCUCACGACGCACCGGCCCUUGGCUUCCUCUUCUUUUGGCACUCCAGGUAUGAUCAAGAACGGACCAGCCCUGGCACAAUCUGUUGCCGACUUUGCAAGCCCGGGCGGAAGGCAGGUGGGCAGUGUCUGACGCAGGCCAUCCUCGGACCUCGGAAGGAGAGCAGCCUGGCAGCUGCGGCCAUUGCGGGUUGCAUACGCGCAGGCGCCACCGUCCCUGGUGGCCUGUACCAACUUCGACUUCGUGGCAAAACGCUCUGCUUUCAGGAGGUCUUCGCGGGCUCGGGCGUGAUGUCUCAAGGCUGGGAACGUGCUGGAGUGUGCUGCGUGGAACCCGUGGAGGUCUACGAGGAGCCGCGCCUGAAGCAAGGUUACCGCGCCGCCUUCGACCUGACGCUCCCCGAGGUGAGGCGACGUUUGCUGCAGCAGGCUAACAAUGGGCCGGCAAAUGUGUGGUGGCUUGCUGGCCCUUGCGCAAGCUUCUGUGACUGGGGUUUGCAAAACAAUGGCACGCGGUCCUUUCGGCAUCCUCAAGGUGGCAGUGACGGCAAGCAGCUUACCGAGAAUGAGGAGAUCAGCAACAUCCUGAGUGAGGUUGAGGCGGAGCUCUUCCUGACGGCUUUGGAGUCGGGGGCCUUUCCGAUUGCAGAGUCCACAGCUCGGUCGGGCAGAUACCCGAAGAUGUGGGACCUGCCUUGCUGGCGCGAGAUUUUGGCACGCCCGGCGGGCGUCUAUGCUAGGGACUUCGUGGAGGCCGUGGUCAAGGUUCUUUGCGUGGGGGGAGAGACGACGGUUGGAUCGUCGCAGUGGGGUACAGAACGGCAUCAGUUGCGACGCCACUUGCAGGUCAUCAAACCCAGCUACCUCAUCAAGCUCAAAGCCAGGCAUCGGUUGCUCCUCCACUUGCAGGUCAUCAAACCCAGCUACUACCUCAUCAAGCACCAGCACCACUUGCAGGUCAUCAAACCCAGCUACCUCAUCAAGCUCGAAGCCAGGUCAUCAAACCCAGCUACCUUACCAAGCACCAGCAUUCCGUAUGCAGACCCACGAACUUUCGACCAUGGUGAUGGGCGUGCCGGAGGUGGUUGUUGGAGGCCAGGCUGGCUCGACGAUAUCUGGGACGAUGACCAGAUCGACUUCCAGAUCACGAAGGCCUUUGCGGUGUGCGGCGACGGAGACACGAGGGCAGGGAGCAUGGAGCCGAUCUACGAGGCCCCAUCGGAGGUUGCGAGGAGCGCUGCUGAGGCGUACGUUGACGAGGUUGCAGCCAGUGGAGGCGGUGGGCCAAAGGACUGGAAAGCAGUGUGCAAGCAGGGUGGCCUUUUGUUGGAUAGCGCGGGCUCGGUGGAGGACGCGGCAAGGAGCCUUUGGCAGGUCCGGGAAGACCGAGGCCUCAACAACUUGAAAGGGGUCGAGCGUCCGUACUUGGAUACUGUUCUGCAUCCAGAUCUUCUGGCAUAUCUUCGGGAUGUCCGUCAACGUGGACUUGCUGCACGGUGCCCGGGCCCAAGGGAAAGGAGAAGGGCGAAGUUGCGCCCCAACGCGAGGAGGCAUGUGGAUCAGUUGUACCGGCAGAUCUGGAAGGAUGUGGCGAAGCAGCGCGUCUUGGUCGUGCCGUCAGCUCAUAGCCUUCUGCAAGGAGUGGUGGCGAGCCCUUCCGACGCCGUGGACAAGAUGCUGCCCGACCGGACCGUUGCGGUGGACAAGCGGGUGGUUGCACGCCUCAUCAUGUGGCACAAGUGUCAUUGCCCUGGGGUGGAGGUUCUUCUUUCCAAAAAGGACAUUGCCGGGGCUUUCCGUUUGUUGUGGGUGGACCCGAGAGAUGUGGCUUUGUUCGCUGGAGAGCUACCCUGGUUGCCAAUGGAGAUGGAAGGUGGCGAGGAAGUGGAUGGCGAGGACAUCACGGUCAUCUACCUGGUCAGCUCCUUUGGGUUCUCGGGAUCACCUGGCGAAUGGGCUGUGUGGGGCAGGGCCACGGAAGAUUUUCUCACGAGUCACCGACCAGCGAACGCCAGGCGAGAUUUGAGCACCUCCUUCCUGGUGGAUGACAACGUGUUGGUGGAGCCCUAUGUUGGCCUGAGACCGUGGGUGGCGGCCGAAGUGUACGAGAAAGGGGUCAAAACAAAAUGUUGGGCGAGCGCGCUGUCAACACAGACAAAGACAGCGUGGAGGGCCGUGCGUUUGCCUGAGAGGAGGAUCAUGAAAGGUGCCGCGCUCCUGAGUGACCCGUGCUUCGACUAUGGGUGCAAAGAGAUCAGUGUGAGGACCAUUCAACGGUUCCGCGGCAUCGUCACCGGGUGGUCAGUGGUUGUCCCGGGCCUUCGCAAUGAACUCAAGGCGGCAGACCGUUUCAUCGGACCCAACCUUGAUGGCGGUUCCCGAGCUACUCCAAAGGUUUCCGAUCCAACCUGUGAGGAAGAGCGCGAGCAAGCAUGGCGAGAUCUGUGGGAGUUGUUCGAAGCGACUCGAUGGCUGUGUGCUCGUCCCGAAACCUGGUCCUCUAAGUUUGGUGCUGGGCUUCGUGAACUCCUACCUGUUCGAGAGCGGCUGGCCGUGCCUGGCGAAUGGCAACAAGGUGUGGUCUUUGUGUCCUCGGAUGCCACGAAGCAGGUCAUCGGGGCCAUUGACUGGACGAAUGGCAUCGUCAUGCGCAUGAAGGCGGCUCUGGCGGCGAAGUGGGUGUACAUGACGGCGGUGGAGGACGAGGUCGCCAUCCAUGUCGCCGAAAUGUUGUCCUUCCUGGCUUUCGCUUGCAAAGUGGCGGGGGGUUGGAGCGGCAAGGUCGUGCUGUACGGCGGCGACAACCAGGUUGUUAGAGGAUGGAUCGAAGGACGUAAGAGCGAGACCGUGGUUGGCAGGCUGCUCGUCAGGAUCCUGAACAUGCUGGAAAUGCGCUUCCGCUGCGUUGUGAUUGCUGCGUGGUGGCGCACCUAUCAUAACACGCAUGCUGACUACAUUACCCGCUGCACCGACUUGGAGUUUGAGCAGCUGGCCCUCGAGGACUCGCAGCUCUUUGGGCUCACGCUUCUGGCUUGGGAAGAGUCAGACAGGCGUGAGCUGUUGCAGCUGAAGGAGCAGCGGCUCAAAAGACAAGUGCCAAGGUGGAGCAGCCCUGUGUGGAAAACUUUGAAGGUCGUGGAGCUGGCCGGACAGGAACGUUUCGUGUUUGACUUCGCGGCCGCGGCGGAGGCUCUUGGUUGUCAGGUGCGAACCUCGACUUGGGCAGGGCCGAUCCAGCAGGGCGAGUUGGUCUUUGCAGCCUUUCCUCCGGAUUUUCAUGGCAAGGUUGCAAGUCAAGCAGCUCAGGCAGCCAUAGACAGCAACGCAGCGUUGGUGGUGUUUGAGGGCCCCAGAGCGGUGAUGUGGGACGGCGCAGCAAAGCAGUUCCUGCGGGCCAUGUGGUCGGUGCACAUCGGCGAGUUCAUCACCUCCGAGUUCGGCGAGGCGGCGGUGAGGCGGAGGGUUUGUUUGGUGGCCAGUCGAAGCGAGUUGGACGGGAAUCCGCUUGAGCUCACAACGUGUCGCAGCAAGUUGGCUCCCCCCAUGCAACCCCAUUUGGACCCAACCAAGGCAGUUGUGGACGAACAGUGGGUCGGGCCGGUCAAGAUCACCAUGGACGGCAUCCCGCGCGAGCCCUUGCUUCCCAUGAUCAAAGGUCAUUUCUGGCUGGAGGGGCAGAGGCGCAACUUGGUGGGCAUUGGGGGUCCGCUUUUGUGGCCCCUGCGAGUACCAAAGGAGGAGCGGGUGGAGCCAAGUUUGGUUUGGGAAUUACGGGGCCCAACAGGAAGAGUGCGAAAACUCACGGCUGCGGAGGUGUGGAGGUGCCAGGGCCGCACUGAGCAGGCGUUCGUCGAGCUGUUGGACAAAGGAAGGUCUGAGCAGGAGAUCCUCGUGGACGGAAAUCGAGCGACGGGCAUGGCAGCGGCUUUGGUGGUCAUGGCGGGCUAUGUCGCAUUCCAGUCGGGACGCAAGGGCUUCUACCAAGAGGGCACGAUCCUGCCGGUGAACGACGUGCAGGAGGUCGUGAAGAUGACGGUCCGGGACACGAUGGAGGCGAGGUUGGCCACGACGAAACAAGAGCACGAGCCGGCGGUCGGGGCCGACGGAAGGAUGUGUGGCGCCACUGCGUUGGUCGCUGUAGGGGAGGCUCAGUUCCAGGACGACGAGGGCCCUCUCUACCCCUUUGACGGUGCGGUUGGAGCUCGUGUUGAAGAAUGGGUCGAGGAGAACCUCAGCGGCUACUUGGCUGAGAGUACUACGCGACAGUACUCCGGGGUGUAUGGCAAGUGGCGGGCCUGGGCACGCAGGCAGGGAUGGAUGACUGAGCACCUCGACAAGGCGAUGCCGACCGAGGAGAACGAGGACAAGCUGCUGGGUUUCCUGGGCUACUUAGGAUGGCUGGGGUGCUCAGUGGCUACGCUCAAGCAGGCCGUCUUCGCCGCGAAGGACGCACGCAAAAGGGCUGGCAAAGGCGACCCGACCGAGCGCAUGUACCGCCUGUGGAUGCUGCUUGGCACCCUCGAGAAACGGUCUGGGGCCAUGCUGAAGUGGAUUGGUUCCUUUGUCCAGCACUUGUCAGGUGACGCCGCGGACUUCUUCGACGCGGUGAUGCUCAACGCUGCUGUGCAGACGGCGUGGUUCUUCAUGCUGAGGGCCAAAGAAUACUGUGACUCCAACGGGGUUGACCUCAUGAUGAUUCUUCGCGGCGCCGACCUUAAGUUUGUGUUUUCCGAGGGUGCCGAGCCAGUGAUCAUUGGGGUCACAUUGCAGUUUCGCAAGACGAAGGUGGAUCAGGAGGCCUUUGGCGAGUGCAAGACUUUCUACGUCUCCGGAGUCCCCGAAGUGUGUGUCGUGACGGCCCUCAAGAAGUGGUCCAGUGGUCAAGUGCUGAAGAGAACUCAGGUGCAGAACGUGCUCCAGAAGGCCACCGGCGAGAUCGAGCUCAUCAAGCGGACGGGAAGGUGGUCGUCGGCGGCUGUGCAGCGCUACUUGCACGAUGGCGAGGUGGCCCUCCGUGACUGUGCCGAGAAGAUGGCCAAGGUCAAGCAGGAGGUCCACUACAC